AUGCGACUUCACCACUUCCACCCGGUAACGAUACUCGUGGUUUUCCAUUCGAUGGUCGCAGAAUAUUCGGCCAACUUGGAUGCUACGAUUGUGAUUUAUGCCAAGUGUCCGAAUAAGAACAAGCCGAUCGCGGCAGAUCAGGUGGUCAAAUGUACUUCCGGCCAGUUGACUUGCUCUGGUCAAGGAACUGGCAAACCAGGCGUAAUCAAGUGUAGCGAUAAGUCCGGAGUCCCGCAACUCCAAAGCAAUCCAGCCUGCCCGCUCCAACACCUCCCCGAGUGUGAAGUCGCAAUGCAGAAGGGAGGACAAUUGAGCAAGGCAAAACUUGAAUCCUGUCCCAAUCACUAG